AGGCACUGUUGGCAGUUAUUGAAGUAACUGCCAGCAUCAGAUGAGUGGAUAUCACAGUAACCGUUAUUUCUCAGUAACCGGUUAUUUGUAUCAGCUACGUUAUUUUUUGCCACCCGUAGUAAAUACAACUGUACAAGUGCGUUGCAAGUUGAUGGAGUAUGGAGAAAAAGCCAUACAUUGUGUCCGGUGAAGCUCCGGAAUCUGACAGUGGUGGCGAGGAAUUCGCUGUUUCGGAUGCUCCAUUCCAACAGACUGGAACUUCGAGUGCUAGCAACUUGCAAGGCAUAAUAGUCGCAGGAGAAGCGCCCGAGUCGGACGAGGAACGCGAGGAACCUGGUAGUGUGAGCAGCAUCAGUAGUGCUGCAAGUGUUUCUUCAGAAACUUCGCUGACAACAAAUGUGAAAAAAGGCUAUAAGGGAAAGAAAUCGGAAAGCAAAUACAGCUCAUUGCUGCAUAAAAAAUUGCGUGAACGUAACAUUUCACUCUAUAAGAAUAUAUCAGAGUUUGCAUACAGCACUCUCACAAGUGCUGGCAGAGAUCUGAACUUGACAAACCAACAACUUCUCAGAUCGCAGGUACAACUUCAAGAAGCAGCUACAUCUCUUCACAUAUUACAGUCACAUCUCACUCAGCUGCAUACUAAAAUAGCAGCAGUAAGCACUUCUGCCUUUAUACCUCAAAUUUACGUGCAGCAGUGUGAACAGGAAUAACUAUGAUGAAAUAACAGGUGUGAAAAACUCUCUCUCUCUCUCUCUCUCUCUCUGUCUGUCUGUCUGUGUGUGUGUGUGUGUGUGUGUGUGUGUGUGUGUGUGUGUGUCUGUGUGUGUGUGUGGGGGAGGGGGGGGGGUUAAAAUUAAUUUUAGAAGAAUAAGCUGUAUUAACUAACAAGUGCAUGUCGGCUGCUUGAUAAAGCUAUAUUUUUCUUUGUGUUCUUAUGAAAUAGCACUUAUGUGUUGUAAUUAAUAAACAUGGUUUCACUGUUGCAAAGAUCUAACAGAUAUGUAAAACACUGACUCUGUAAUCAUAAUACAUAUUUUGCACUUACGGUUUACCAAGAGUUUUCCUAAAACAGGUGUUGGGUUAUGCAUUGCCAAUUGAAGAUCCUAGUAUCCGGUGUGACGCAAAUGUGAUUUCUUUUUGGUGGGAGCUAAUAUCUUGACAUGAUGAAGGUGAUGACAAUUUUCUCGUCUGGACUAGACUGCUGAAAAGAGUUGGACUUAGUACUGUUCUUCUUUGGGCCUAAAAGAUUCUAAUUCUAAAAGUUUACUUAGUAUAUGGUACCCACCAUCAAAUUUGUUAUGUGAUGUGGAACAAAUCCAUUCAGCCACCUAAGGACAAUUGAAGGUGAUUAUGUAGAAAAGUGAAUAUUGGUAAUUAAAGAUCACAUUCUAAGGAUUA